UCCGGGGGGGGGGGAAAUGCAACUAGUAGUUAGCCGCGAAUACUUUCAUGUUCCAGUAUGCAUUUUAAGUGAGGAUGUUGUCUUGUUAUGUUACUGUGUUAUGUUGAACUAAAGAAAUGGGUGAACGAAUUGAAAUAGUCAUAAAAGGUGGACAACCUUGGGGAUUUCGUGUUUAUGGCAAUAGAGAAAACAGAUCUUUUGUGAUUAUUGAUGAAGUUGAACUAGGAGGGAAAGCAGAAGAGGCAGGUUUGAAGGCUGGAGACCAUGUGAUCAAAAUUAAUGAUGUCCAGUGCCUUUCUCUGGCAGACGCAUUACAACUUAUUGAAUCUGCCUUUAGAACACUAACAGUUUUAAUCUGGAGACCCAGAAAGUGCCAACAAAAUGUAUAUAAAGAGCACAACGUAUCCAAGUUAAAAUCGAGCAUUCCAAGUAAGUCAACAUGCAAUUCUUCAUCAGGAUAUUGUCAACCUUCACCUUUAUAUCAAAAUAUAGAUUUAUACAAAAAUCGAGGUAGAAAUUUUAAGCCAAUUUUGGACUCUAAACCUGAAUUAAGCUUUAGUUCCUUUGUGGACAUUCAUCCAGAUAAAUUAAAUGAUAUUUCUAGAGCUGGUAUGGAAAAAAGGAUUGAUGGAUGUGUAAAAAAAUCAUUUUCUUCUGCAGAUAUCCAUCGUAUUAAUACCACGUUGCACAAAAGUGGAAGAAUGUUACAUAAGGUUUAUAGUGAACAACAGAGCAUUUUUACAGGUAACCUCAAAAAAUCAACAGGAGAGCCCAAAUAUGAGCAAUUCUCCCACAUUCCUUCCCCAUCAGAAACUCCUUCAAAUUCUAAAAUUGAUGCAGUGUGCUUUACUAAAUUAAACAUUGAUACUCAACAAGUCAAACAGAAUAAUUAUGGUGUGUAUGAAAUUUACAGUGACAGAAGUGAUUCUAAGAAAUGUGAGCCAUCUAAAAAAGUUUCGGCAAUUGGAGAGAGUGAUUCCUUGUGUUGUAUGUAUCCCACGUGCCAUUUUAAAUACAGAAACUGUAAAAUACAUUCACCACCUGAAAGAGAUAUUCCAGUCCCAUGCAAGCCAACUUUUGGUCAAAGUGUAUAUAAUUUAUCUGAUAUACAUUAUUAUUCCAAAAUUAGUUAUUCUGAUCAUAAAUGUAAUACUAUUUCCUAUUCUGACACAUUCCAAAAGAGCUUGAGUUAUUCAGUUAUCAAUGAAAGGAUUUAUGAAAACUGUAGCAGAUUUCUUGAAAGUGACUCCUUAAAACAUCCAGAUUCCUUAAAUGGCUUUUGCGAAUCUUUUAAAUCUGUUGAAACAAGUAAUUCCCAGUUUAAGAAAGUUACUAACAUGUGUGCUCCUGAUAAAGUUCCUGGCAGUCAUAAUCAUACUAAAGAUUGGAAUUUGCCAAAUAGUUCUGUUUCUAGUCCUAAAGGCUUGAUUUCUUGUGAUAAUGACAAAAUUUCUUCAUAUGAGAGAUACUUCAAUCAUGCAAUAUCUAAUUCAUUGAAAAAAGCAGAUUUUGAUGGUGCUCAACAAAAUCAGUGCUUCGGAAAAAAACUUGUUUCUGAAAAUAAUGAGGGUGACCUAUCUUCUGCUUAUCAGCCAUCAACUUGUUUGAACAUGGAAGAAAUAAAAUCUGUUGUAAAGAAACUUCCUUCAAAUGAAAAGGAUGAAAUGCUGGAAGAGCUUUUUAAUGAGAGGACAAUAGAUGAUGGAGUUCAGAAUGUAUCGAGUACUAGCUCUUCCCGGUCAAGUAGUCCAGUUUUACCAUUGCCUCCCCCACCCCCUAUUACUGAAUCUGAAAUAAUACCAUCGGAUGAGCCACUGCCACCACCUCCACCUAUGUCGCCAGUUAAAGACAGUCUUUGUGUACAGAGUGAAGAUAGAAAACAAGUAGAGGCUAUAUAUGCAAACUUGGAAAUGUUAAGGAAUCAGUCUUUACUAGUAAAUUCGUCAACUCAAACAAGUACCCCUUACCUUGAUAAAAAGCCGGAAAAGCCUUUUUAUGAAAAGCAGGAGAAAUUAACCCAAAGUAUUUCUUUUGGAAAUGAAAUUUUUAGUAAUGUAUUUGCAGCUUCAUCAUUUGAAACUGAAUUGAAAAAUUGUUAUCUGAGAAACAUUCUAAGGUCCCAAUUCCAAAGCUCUGUGUCUGCAAAUGAGGUCCAAAUUCUUGAAGGAAAGGGCAUAAUUCAGAGGCAUAAUUUAAAUUUACCCCUUACAAGUGCAUAUUUCACCACUUCAGAACCGAAGGCAAAAUUUUUAACAAGGUACCAUCAGGAAAGAACUAUGAAGAAUAGUGGAGAGCUUACAAAUAAAGAGGAAGAACUGAUAGAAAGACUUACUAGAAAGUUAGAUGUUCUGAGAUUAGAAAGGAUAGCUUUGCAAGAAGACAUAAAGCAGAAUGAUGAACUUGGUAACAGUCUUGCUUCUAAAUUGGAAAAGAUAGCAAAGCCUAAUGAAGUAGAAAAAUUUAAACUUCAUGUAGAAGAGCUACAAAAAAUUACCAAUUUAUUGUCUUCAUUGUCUGGAAGGUUAGCUAGAGCAGAGAAUGCACUGUUAAUAUUGCCAUCUGAUGUUUCCUUGGAAGAAAAGAUAUAAGAUUGUUGAAGUAAAGUUCAAGUAUUACUGAUCACUAAUGAUCAAGGAAAAGGAAAUGCUGUGAAGAAAUUUUUGAUAACAAGUUCUUAAAAAAAGCUAAGGUUUUUGUUAUCUUAUUUUAAUGAAACUUGAAACUGAACAAGAUGCAUUUUUUCUGACUGAUUUCUCUAAUUUUUAUUUGACCUUUUUUUAAAAUCUGUUACAGAGCAUUUUUCUCAAAAUUUGACUAAUACGUAAGAGGUAAAUAUUUAUAUUUAAUUUGCUUUAAAUUUUUAAAUGGAGCACUUUUUAAGUUUAUUACAUAUUUACAUACACUUUAAUUGUUAAUUUUAUUUGUGUAUUUAAAAUCACUGAUAAAUGAAAGACUUCUUUCCUACUUUGGUUUUCGUUAGUAUAUAAUUUUAAAAAAAUUCCAAAAUCAAACUGAACUAGCAAAAUACAUAAAAUUAAAGCUUAGAACAAUGAAUUACGUAUUAAUCUAAUCUAUUUUAUCUGAGCAAUGUAUUAGAGUCCUGCAAACUCAACCCCUAAUUACUUAACAAUCACUUUUUUAAUUUCUAAAUUAUUUCUACUGGUCAAACAGAGUAUUAUCUUUCAAGUAAUGUUGUAGUUUAAUAAUAGUUUGACUAUACUGUAAUAAUUUCUAACAUUGCUUGUACAGUGUAAACAGUAUACUGUAUACUGUUUUAAUUACUGUAUUAUUGUAGAGUUCAUAUUUUUGUGUAUGAAUGUAUAUUUUCCUGUUCUGUUAAAAGAUUAGUUAUGUUAGUCUAAUUUUGCAAUUUUUGUAUCUUUCUCUUUAUCUAAGAUACUACUUCUUAGAACCUGUAUAAUGAAUUUGGUAUCAGAUUUUAUUUUUUAUAUAAAAAUUUUGAUCUGUUCCAUUUUUCUACUUUAUAAGAAAGUGGUUGAAAAAGUAAAAUAGCUGAUAUCCUCUCGCAUUCCUUUAUAUUGCUAGCUGUUAGCAGCCUUAUCUGAUGGUUUAUGGCUCUAUCCUACUGUAAGCUAAACUUUCAGUUCAACCUGGAUAAAGUUUCUCAACUUACAUAACCAGGUUUACUAAUGUUGUGUUGUAUUUGCCAGUGAAAAUGUCAAAUGAGAAGAAAAGAAAACAAAUUAAUAUGAAAAUUCCAUGCCCAAAGAAACAGGACAAAGGGAAAAGUAUUCAUAACAUUGCCAUUGAUCUAUGUGUAGAAUGAAAUAUAUGAAUAACCCAUUCUUUCUUCUGUAAAAGUUGACAUUUUCAGUAAUUCAUCACCCUCUCAGUACACAAUGGGUCAAGUUUGCAGGACUCGUAUGUAUAUAGUGACCAUAAGACUAAUUUCCCAAUUUAGAGUCCAGUUUUCCAUGUUCAUAUAUUAUAAUUCUGUUUGUUGUGAUGUUUGUAACAUUCCUACACAUCCCAAUACUGGACCCAUAUUCAAGGGAAGGUGGAAUCCAAGUAAAAGUCACUUUGAAGAUAUAUGGAAUUCACAUUUGCUGAUGACCUGAGCUCCCAUAUCACAGCCGAUAGACCUUCAAAGUUCUCCUAGACCCACUGUUUAAAAACCUCCCAGUUUUUCAAGGCUGGCAGGUAUGGAAUUAAAAGUGUUGAAGCACUUUUAGAAUUUUGAAUAUAGGCAUAAGAAUCUGCUUUCAAAAAAGUUACAUUUUGCAGUAUUUAUUUUUUAUCUGCAAUUGUUUUUUGUCAUAUAGUAUGCUGUUAUAGGUACUCUUUAAUGAUGCUGUCAUAAUCUAGCAUGCUUUAAACCUACACUAUAAGUUUUUGGAUCUGCCAUAGGAAAAUGCUGUUAAUAGCUCUCAGGGUUAAAAAAUUUUUGCACCGUUGUCAAAUGUUUUUUAAUUUUACAGCCCUGUUAAUUUCUUGUACUCACUGCACUGUUGCCUUUUAGUGAGUAAACUAAAAAUUACGAGGUAACAUAAAUGGCGCUAUUAUUAAUAAACACAAGUAUACAUCAAAAUCUGUGCUUGAAAAAGUCAAAAAUUAAACAUCGUAGAGUAAAGUAGGUUAAAAAGUGAACAUCGAAGAACAUGUGAAAAGGCAUCAUUGAUAGUCUUGAGGUAGAACCUCUAUAUAUUUUAUUGUAUGCUUUAUUGAAAAUGAAAAUCAGAAAAUUUAAAAUUGUAGAGUCAUAUUUGUAACAAUUUAAUAAUUGCAGAAUCGCAUUUAUGAAAUAAUUCCUUUUUAGUUAAGUUUCAUUCUGAUUUUAAUAUUGUGCAAUGUGCACGUGGAGUGAGAUGGAUAAAAUCUGGGGAUCAGUUGUUCCUCUACAGAAUACUGUUUGCUUUAGUGUGAAUUUGAAAGAUACAACCUGUAUCUUUCUAUUGUAUGAUAUAUGUAUAUAAUGUGUAAGCUGGCCGUUGUAUAUUUUAGUCAUAUUUAUGCCUUUUUGUAUCUUAUUUAUAGGUAUUUUUAUAAAAUAAAUAAAAUGUAUGCAUAGGAGUCUUACAACAUUUAAUGCAAAGAAAGUAUUCGAAAAACUUGUGAACUGUAAUUUGUUAUUAACUAUAUUGAAAAUCUUGCAUUUCGUAUAAAAGGAAUUUUAUAUGUUUAUAAUUUAAAAUUGAUAUGUAAAAAGUCAGCCAAGUUAUUCUUAAAAUAUAAAGUAAAAUUUUAUGACCUUCCUUUAAAACUGAGAAGAUAAAAUAUUAUAUACACCUCUCUAUGUUAGUCUGCCAUUAUCUUUGACAACAGCUGUCAUUUUGGUAAUGAUUCAUUUCCAAAAUGAUAUGUGUACAUAAGAAGCUUUAAUAUACUCAAAAGAAAAUAUUUAUAUAUACUUAUCUAAUAUAAUGAUCAAUCAUUUGUUACAGAAGUAACCAGAUAUAAAAUAUAUUGUUGCUCAUCAUCUAAAGGUUACUUGUAGAGUCAUGCAUUUACUAUUGUAAAUUCACAGGCUAAAAUUCAUCUUGAAAAUAUGUUAAUAUAAAUUAUUAUUUAAGGUUAGGUAUUGAGGAGCUUGAAAUGCUGGUAAUUCAGUACCUCUGUUUGCCUAUUUAUUGCCAUUCAGAUGAUAUUGCAUGGCAUUUUCUUUUUUAUGGUGAUUAUUGUUUUGAAGAGGUAUGGUUAGUAGGCUGGGUUAUUUCUUUUUAACUAAAGCUCUUGCCAACAGUCCUCAUGUGUGAGAAAUAAUCUUAGGAAUCCUGUGCCAGUGUUUACCAAAUAGCAAUGCCUUCACAAGCUUCAUGCAUGCAUAGUUUCAUUUUAUCAGUGCCAUGUUUUGUGAUACAUGAUGUAGUCAGUACUAUGAUAGAACUAUGAGUCAGUACUUAAGUGAGACGUAAUCAGUACUAUGGUUCGUUAGACCAAAUAAAUGUUUCCUCUUACAUAAGUGAGAACUUUUGCAUGAUGUAAUUAGUGCUAAUUUAUUAGACCAAAUAAAUGUUCUCCUCUCCACUUCUACAUGCUAUUUAAUGAUGUUUAAAUUUCACAUUUGGACAUCAUGAAAUAUCCUUUAGCACAGUCUGCUUUUUCAGUACAAUAAGAAUUCUUUCUCCAUAGGCUUAAUAGAUGUGGCCUUUGAGCUUUUGGUGUUUAAUGUUCACAUUGGGAUGCCAUGAAAUAUCCUGUAGCAUAAUCUGCUUUUGCAGUACAGUAAAAUUUCUUUGUGCAUAGAUUUAAUAGGUGUGACCUUUUUAAAUUCCAAUGUGGUUUGAUGUAAAAGAGCCAUCUUCCUCCUUCCAGCAGUAUAGUUUUCUGUAUGCUGUAUAAAAGCAUAUUUUAUGUCUACAGAUUCAUUUCUUCUUUAAUUAGUUUCAUCAUAUAUCACAAAACUUCUGUUAGACAUGGGCAACAUUUUAUGUCGUAACUGAAAUUUAAAAAAGAAAUUGAGUGACUGGUCUUCAUACUAUCUGAAACCUGGUUACAGUAAAUCAUAUUGGUAUUUCUGUCUGUAAUAUAUCAUUUUGUAAUUUUUCUCCAUUCUGUAGAGGCAUUCUCUGUUUGAAGUCAUCAUUUUGGUUCAUUACCUUCUAUAAUAUGAAAGUGCUGACUUGACUUGUGUGUAUAGUAACAUGUCUUUUCAAAUUUACACAUUAUUGAGCUACUAAUAAUGUGACACUACUAAUGUGUUUAUUGCAUUCAUUAUGAACAUAAUAAUUUGUGUUUCUAAUUUACCUAUAAUAUUGAGCUGUUAAUCAAAUGUUGAUAUUUUUUGCUACUAUACCUGUUUUUAAAGUUUCUCGUUAUAAGUUAUAAAUAUGAUUAAAAGUAUACUUUGUUAA